CAAGAAUUGAAAAUGGCAGAACCAAACCCUUCCAAGAGCGAGAGGAAGAGAGAGAGGCAGCUCAUUUCUGUUCCAUUCAUAUGGGAAGAAAAACCUGGAAUGCCCAAGAAGGACUGGAAACCUUUCAGCCGACCGGUCGAGCCUCCUGCGCCACCUCCCAAGUUCGUCGUAUCCGUCCCCUUCGGAUGGGAAGAGAAGCCUGGGACGCCACUCCCAUCCUUCAUUCAACCUCCAAAACUAUUGACCAUUAAAUAUGGAGACUGGCAUGCUAGCUCUGUAGACAUUGAUGAUUAUCAGGGUGACAGUGAAGGCGAUGACGAUGAAUCAUCAGAGAUGGAGGUUGACACGUGCAGUGUGGGCACUGAUGACUCCUUCUGCUCGGCCAAGUCCCUCCUAGCCAACGGCCGAAUAUCAACCACAGCAAUAGCAAGCGCGGUGCCUGUGCACCAAACUUCUCUUGCACUCGUGACCACGGAUAGCAGACUUGAGCAGAGUCCUGGUUCGCCAGCUUCUGAAACUGAGAGUGCCUGCAGCUACGCUACUGGCAGCGCGAGCUUGGUUGGAGCGUCCUUCUUGGAGUGGCUCUUCCCUCUGCUGGUGUCGAAUUCGAACAAGAUAGGCUACCUGGAAAAGGCUCCUUCUCAGGGGAACGAUGUACAAGCUAUGGAGAAUCAGCAUGAGAGCAACCGCGGUCAAGCCAGAAGGCCGCUGCUGACCCUUGGAGAGUUGAUUAUGAUGAGCCGAAGACAGAGCUGCCAAAGGAAAGUCAACAAAAUGCAUAAGCAGCAAUCCAUGGACUUUAUGAGGGGGGAUGCCUUUGGUUGCUGCAUCUUUCAGUCUGGAAACGGAAUCAAUCGGUUGCCGCUCAAGUGGAAGAGACAGCUGCACCUUAAAUUGAUGUGAAAUAUACCCUUCACUCCAAAAUUGAAAUCAGUGCUUUACAUUUAAAUGUUCAUCCUUGUAUUAUUAUGAUGUUUCACCAAAGGAAAUGUUCCCAUUUUCUAAUGUAUUAAGAUGAUAACUCCAGUUAGAUAUGAUAUGAUAUGAUAUGAUAUGAUAUGAUAUGAUAUGAUAUGAUAUGAUAUGAUAUG